CACUAUGGUGACCCAGUAUGGCACAAUGCCAUGUAUUACUGGUAGGGUGGCUUGCCAGCCAGUAAUGGAGUGAGUUGUCUCUCAUUAAUACUCAGGCUUAAACAGCCAUAAUGUAGCCAUGUGUGAGAGCAAACAACAGAUUUUUAAUCUAUUCACCUCAGUAAGAUGCUUUUGAGUGUUUUUUUUUUAUAAGCAUAUCCAAAGAGGAAGCUCAGUCCUGUGUGUGCUGUUGGCUGCGCGUUUCUCGUAUGUGUUAAUCAUUAAUGUUUACAACUUCAGGACUAUAAUCACCAGGAGGCACAAAAGCCAAAGUCUCAUCUAGACAUCAGUAAAGGAGAGACUCUUCCAUUGUCGUCGUUUGACAUGGGGGGCAUCACAGGAAGUGUGUUGUUGUUCCUGUUCAGUCUUAUCAGCUUAACUGAUGCUAUACCUUCAGUCGCUGAUCAGCACUUUACUGUGUGUGAAGACCUCCCUGUGGAUCAAUAUGCAUUUACUAUAGUAGCAUCAGAUCCAGAAGGUGACCCGAUGACUUUUGUACUCAGUGGUCCCAAUGCUGGAUACUUCAGAGUUGUAGAAAACACUGGGGCGGUAUAUGUCCGGAGGCCACUAGAUAGAGAGAGUACUGACAGGAUGGAUUUUGAGGUUACUGUUUCUGAUCCAUACAAUUCUGCAAACCCAAGAACUAUAACUAUAUUAAUAGGAGAUGCCAACGACAACAAACCCUUAUUUGAUAGUCCUUCAUAUGAUAAAUCGGUCCCAGAAAAUACCGCAGUAGGCACGAGCCUGUUUAAGGUGACUGCUCAUGAUGAUGACUUUGGAGCUGCCCGUGUUGUUAAGUACUCAAUUGAUGAGGUCACUCCAAAUGCUGGAGCCAGUCUGUUUACGAUCAACGAAAUAAAUGGUGAGGUAAAAUUAAAUGGACCUCUGAAUUAUACUGGAUUGAGCACUUAUUAUCAGCUGAAGAUUGCCGCAACUGAUGGUGGAGGCGAAUGUUAUGGUCCUUUCGUGACCCACAAAAGUUUCACUUUUUCCUUCAUUUCGGUUGUGGACGUCGCAGACCUCGACCCAGUGUUCACUGGUACUCCCUAUAUAGGCAAAGUUAAUGAGAAUUCUCCCUUGGGCCAUUCUGUGUUUCAAGUGACCGCCAGAGACCAGGACAUACAGGUCAACGAUAGGAUGAUCUACAGCAUUGAAAGUUCAACACCAGAUGGCCUAUUUCAAAUCGCAGGUGAUACAGGCAUCAUAUCUGUCAAGUCAGAAAUUGACAGAGAAGUUACUGGUGACAUUGCUACUCUGACUGUAAAGGCUACUGAGGCUAAUCCAAACAUCCAUGGGGUCCAGGCAAGCGUCACAACAAAUGUACAGAUCAACAUCAUCGACGAGAAUGACAACACGCCAAAGUUUUACAAGUGUGACGACAUAGCUGACAAGCUCAACUGUGUGGAGCAGACUCACUUCACAGGAGAGAUUUUGGAGCACUCGUUAGGGUCAGUUCCCAUCAACAUGAUGGUCAACGAUUCGGAUCAGAUGCCCCAAACUCGGCUAUCCCUGGGGGGAACUAACAAGGAUGUGUUUUCUGUGGAACCUCAAUUAGCCAUGUCAGAAAGCAUUGUUCAGAUUCUGGUCAAGGAACCUCAAAAACUGGAUUUUGAAAAAAUACAGCAAAUGGUUGUAGAAGUGAUUGCUGUAGAUGGAAAAGAUGACACCAAAAAGGCCACUGCUACAGUUACUAUUACCAUCAAGGACAUUAAUGACAACAGCCCUGAGUUCCCUGAGGACACGUAUAUGUUGAAUGUGACUGAGCACUCUCCUGAUGGGACAGUAAUAGCAACCAUUACUGCAGAUGAUCCUGACACAAUGGAUGAAGGCAACAUCACCUACAGACUUCUUCCAGAGAGCAUACUAAUGUUUUUCGACGUGGAACCCAAAACUGGCCAAGUGUAUGUGAAAAAUGGGGAGCUGUUGGAUCGUGAGGCCAGAUCUUUGUUUUCAGUGACUCUGCAGGCCAGAGACACAGGCGGCAAACCUGGUUCCACAGUACUGGAGAUCACUGUGACCGACAUCAACGACCAGGCUCCAGUCAUGAACAGAGACUCUUACCUGGAGUUUGUUAAAGAGGGAUCAAAUUUUGAACUUAAGAUAGAGGCUACAGAUGCAGAUGACCCUAGUACGGUAAACAGUGAAAUACUGUUUUCAAUUGAACCAAGCAAGUACAGCAAUAACUUCACCAUCGACCCCAAUACCGGUGUGUUAAGAAACAAAGGUGAACUUGAUCGUGAGGCCCUGGACCCCAAAAUGAACGGGAGGGUCGAGCUCAAUGUAACCGCUACUGACAAGGGCACUCCUCCGUUGUCCACCACGGUCCCAGUUAUUAUCAAUAUAGAGGAUGUUAAUGACAACAAACCACAUUUCGAAAAUUCCUCUUAUACAUUCUCAGUUAAAGAAGGAGAAAAGGGUGCACAUGUUGGUUCUGUUUACGCUGAAGAUUUGGACCAAACGAUAGACUUUAACCGCAUUUCUUUUAGCAUCAUUGAUGGAAGCUUCGGCAGCUUCAUCAUUCGCUCCUUUGCAGACGAGCGUGGUUUCAGGGGAGACAUCACCGUGGAUCCAGACAUUGAGCUGGACUACGAAAGCGCUCGAAAGCAAUAUAAACUGCGGGUAUUGGCAACAGAUCUGGAACAGGAAGAAGCUGAAGUAAUGGUGGAUGUGAGUGUGUUGGAUGUGAAUGAUGAGAGGCCCGAGUUCAAGCCAUCAGGCCCAGUGACUGUAAAGGAGAACACCACCAUCACUGAGGUUGUUGGAAGUUUUGAAGGAAUCGACAAAGAUGGAAACCACUCACUGGUCUACAAACUGGAAUCCAUGAAAUGCAGAUGCAAUGGUUCUCUGACACCCUGCAGUAACUUUAUCCUGGAUCCAACAGGGAAAGUCAGACUCAACCUGGAAAAAACACUGGAUUAUGAACAAUGUGACCAGGUGAUUAUAGAAGCUCAGGUUGAGGAUGAGUUCACAGAGAAAGGAGAAAACAACAGUGCCACAACAGGGAUUUUAGUGAUCAACAUUGAAGACAUCAACGACAAUGCUCCAGAAUUCAUUUACUCAGAUGCUGUGUUUGUUGUGGUGUCAGAAAGUGCAAGUAAGGGAACAUCGGUUGCAGGAGUCACUGCUACAGACCGCGACUCUGCAAUAAAUAGGCAGAUUGAGUUUAAAGUAACAAAAGUCCAAUUUGUGAACACUGACAAUGUUACAAGUGACAUGAGGACACCGUUUGAGGCUGUCACCACACAACAAAAGGACAUUUAUGUUGGAAUUAUUCAAACAACUGAGCCGCUUAAUCUGGAACUGAAAGGGAAGUAUUUGGUAACAGUGACUGCAACGGACAGCGGCGGCCUUUCCACCAGCACCAAACUGGAUAUCUUCUCAAUUGAUGAAUCAUUCAAAAUUACUCUUGAAUUCACACGUUCUGAAGCAGAGGUUAUAAAAGACAAAGAUGAAAUCACCAGGGCGCUUACUAUGGCCACCAAGACUUCUGUUGAAAUUGUUUCAAUCAAGUCUGGCACUUCCAGGGCUUCAGAAAUUACUAUCGUCAUGGCAUAUUUCGUCUACCCCAACGGGACUGCUCUCACUGAUAGUCAAGUGACAAUAAUGCUCUCUGACCUUGAGUAUCAUCCUAUACUGGCACAGCUUGGCCUCAAGAACAUUGGGCCGCCUCCUGUAGUAGAAGUACAGACUGAUCCUGUGAAGUUCGUUCUGAUGGGGAUGGUGGGAGGCCUCGUCAUCGUGCUGGCUGUACUCACCACUUCUCUGCUGUGCACUCGCAGAAACUACGGGCGUAAGCUGAAGGCAGCUAAAGCCAUGAACUCUGCAUCCAUGGUGACUUCUGACAACCAGAAAAGUGGUCCUGUGGUGCCUGGAACCAACAAAUACACCAUGGAGGGGGCUAAUCCUGUUCUAAACCUCAACUAUGACACAGCCAUGGUCCUGGGCUUGGACGGGGAGAGCUCAGAUGUGGACAAAGUCAGCCUCAACUCCCUGGACUACAGUGAUUAUAUGAGCAUUCCUGAAAAUGAAACAAAAUCUACGAUGCAUAUGAUUGAGGAGGAGGAGGAGGACAACGGGCCACCAGAGUACAUCGAGCCUCUGGGUGCAGCACUGGCUCAGCGGGGCAAGAAGAAAACCACCGGCAAUGCUGACAUGAGUCUGAGUAACCCUGCGUUCGACACUACAGACCUGUGAUGGCAGUGACAGGCCUCAGAUGGACAUAUGUUGCUUCUCUGGAAUCAGGCUAACCAAAUUGAUGGCAAACAUAUUGAGGGUAUUGUAUAAACCCCACGUGUCUUGAAAUAGCCUUCUCUUCUGACCAAUGUAUUAUUCAUAUUAUGCACAAGAUUCAUGGCAUCUAAAGUGUUAAAUGAAAUUUGCUUCAUGUAAACGUUCAAUUGAAGGACAAACAA